AUGAAAACGGCGAUGGGAUGCUUUUCGACGCUGGCCGCUCUUUCCUGCUUGUUCUGGGUCGGAUCAGCAAUCAAGCCCGUGGUGCAUUGGGCCGUGCACCGCGGGCAACAAUACGCAGCUGCUUCGAAGGAGAUCAUCACCGACUUUGAGGAAUGCGAAAGCGCAUGCUCCAUGGACGAUCCGUCCUUGCCGUGUCACGCCUUCAACUACCGGGAGUGGGACGGCACCUGCCAGCUGGUGUACGAGGGGAUGGGCCUGCUCGUGGAUGCUGGCGGGUUCCAGGCGUUCGUCAAAUUCCUCUGCCUGCCGGACGACAGGAGAAUGAGUAAAGGAGUCUUUCGAGGGCUGGAUCGAGACGAUCCUAGUCCCGAGGGCUGGAAAGGUGAUCUUCGGAUGCUGAAGAAGGUCCACCAUCACACCGCACAGGGAGAAGGCGGAGAAGAACAGGCAGAGGUGUUAGUACAAGUGGAAGAGGAAGUGCAGGGAUUGGAGGAGGGAGUGGUGGAAUUGGAGGAGGGAUGGGUGGAAUUGGAGGAGGGAUGGGUGGAAUUGGAGGAGGGAUGGGUGGAAUUGGAGGAUGAUAUCGAUACCAAUGGCAUCACGUCCUACUUUGAUUUUAAAGAAAUCAUUCUUACCAUCACCAUUGGGUGA